CCUGAUUGAACACAUUUUUCCGUCUUCUGGCUUGUUUCUGUUGGAUGGUCGCAAUUUUCUCAUCGAUGAUUUUUACCAGGCCCGGGCCAUCAUCUCGGAUCACUCGCCGAGGACACCCGGAGUGGCUCAAGCAUGUUCGUUUCAACGACGGCCUGUUGAUCGAGCUCUCUCAUAGGGAUUGAUUGGCAUCAGGAAUUCAAGCCAGGGUAUGGUAAUCCGAGUAAUGGAGACUUGAGUCGAUUCUCAAGUUGUGAGGCACACUUUGACAUUGAAUUUAGGACAGCUCUUGAACAUGAAGAUUGCUGAUGAACACAAUCACCGAUUUGGUGCUCUUAACUCAUGAUCGUCCAUUACGCGAGAUCUGGUUUCGUUCUGCUCGUGAUUUAGUGAAGUGAAGUGAGUGAUCAUGGUGAGCAAGGGUUAGAGAAAGAAAAACACGCACAGACACAGACGCACCAUACACACACGCUCAACAAAUCAAAGGGAAGCAUGGCGCGGAAUCAUUACACAGUGUCCACGCCUUUGUCAACCAUCCAAAGAAGCUCAUCCAACUUGAUUCACGGCAAAUCGACCAACCCUUUAGUGCCUUUUAUCCCAGAGGAAGUGGCUUUCCUGGACGAGACCCUUCGCUCCUAUGACUUGAAUUCCAACGAAAUUAAACACGUGUCUACCAUCAGUGUUGGUGGAAAUUUGGGAACAAUGGAUGCGGAGACAAGUGGGGUCACCGACGACAGGAAAAUGUCAACGGCCACGUCUCUGGGCUCUGCACAAUAUCUCAGCCCUACCACGGAAUCAAGUUCGAUGAGAAGCAAAAUGUCCUCAAGUAAUCCGUCUUUUGAAACCUCUGGCCUCCCUGAGCCCUCGCGGCUACCUCCCACCAGAAGGAACACGUCUUUAAGUGAAUCAAGCGCAUACUACUAUGGCCAAAUCAGUCAUAAUCCUGGAUAUGCUCCAACCAACCCCCAAGUGGGCCAGAAAUCUCUCACCCGACCUCAAGUUCAUCGAGCUUUAAGUGGGCCAAUUUGGCACGGCACCGUGACCAAGGACAGGCCAUCUUUUCACCUUCAGACUGCGCAUCAUAACUUUAUUGGUGGCGAUGCACGAUUGUCGAGAAAUGGUCAGACGAACAUUGGCAGUAAAAAAGGAGGUGUUAAUGGAACUUAUCUUCAUCACCGCUAUCCACAAUCUGGAAGCUCAGCAUCUACCAUGAGAGGUCGCGAGGCUUCCAUGGCGAAUGGAAUGACAGUGACACCCAACGGCAAUGGCACUACAUACUCAAUCAGAUCAGACAAAGUGGGAUUCAAUUCAGCUCUAAGCAAGGCCCAAUUCAAUUACAACAGACACCGCAAGCACGACGACGACAGCAUGUCUCCGAUGUCCCGGUGCUGGUUGGGAGUCCUCAUUCUGUUGGCUCAAAUCCUCCUUAAUGGCGUCAUGGCCUUGUGUCUCUUUUGGGUGAUCAAAUAUCAUUCCCAAGAUUACGUGCCAUUCGCAUGGAAGUCUAAUCCCAAACUGGAGUUCAACCUUCAUCCCGUGCUCAUGAUUGCCGGGUUCAUCUACUUCAUGGGACAAGCCAUGAUCUUGUACAGAACCUGCCGGUGUUGUCGUCGAAUUUGGAACAAGCUAUUGCACACGAUGCUUCACAUUCUGGCGAUCCCUUGUAUCGUUAUUGGCUUCAUCGCCGUGCUGGAUUCUCACAACCUUCGAAAAGACAAGGACGGCAACCCCGCCCCAAUCCCCAAUUUCUACAGCUUGCACUCCUGGAUUGGACUCACCGCUAUGGGACUGUUUGGGCUACAGUUCGUGGUUGGUUUCUUUAGCUUCCUGUUGUUGCUGUGUUGCGAAUCUGCCACGGCCUCGUUCCGCGCCAAUUUGGUGCCACUUCAUGCUGCGUUCGGUGGAACCACGUUUGUUUUGGCAGUGGCAGCGGCUUGCACCGGCCUCACUGAAAAGGCCUUCUUCUCACUCAGUACCCGGUCCGUGGACAACGCAGAGAACGUGGUUAUAGAGCAGAUUGGAGAUCAGUACUCCGAAUUCCCGGAUGAAGGUAUCGUGACAAACACAAUUGGGAUUGCCCUGGUGGCUUUGGCCAUUAUCAUUCCAUGGAUCCUGAGUUGUCCCAGCUUCAAGAAGGGUCUCACCCGUGAAAGCAGCCGAUUCAAUCACGAUAUCUAGGGCGCAAAAGAUCGCAAAAGUCGCCACUUCCUCCAACUAACCACCAAACCAACCUUUGAAGCAAGCAAUAGACACACUCCAGGAUGACUCAAGUCUGAUCUCGACUUUGUAAAUACUUCCGUGAACAAAUGGACUUGAGUAACGCUCUUGAACUACUGAACCUCGUCCGACCAUUUUUCUAAGCCUCGAUUGUUCCAAUUGCAUCAUUGAAACAAGACCAGAAGGGUUGGAGAUAACCGCCCAUCCACUGAGGAACACCAAGUGUACAAUUUAUAGAUGAAAAUAAAUCAAAUUUCGAAAAAGAGAA